UUCCCUCCUGAAACAUGCCCUUGAACAUACGCUGGGGCUUGGCGCUCACAAAGAAGCCGCGGGCAAAGACCGCCGAGAGGCUUCUGCAUUCAAAAGGGGCGCCGGCGCCGCUUCUUAGAGGUUUCUGAUUUGGGCACUUUCUUUCCUUGUCCGUCGCAUUCGGUGGAGCCGGCGCACUCGUCGCUUGCAGGGAAACCUCCAUUCGAGGGAAUGGGUUCUCGCAAUCUGAAGGAUUUGCUUACUUCAUUCAGUAGUUCAGCAGAGUUCCUUGCCAUUUGCUCUGGAGAUGGUCGGAUUAAGAUUUGGGAUGCACUGAAAGGCCAAAUUCAGACUGAGUUUUCUGACAUAACGUCAACAGCAAGCGAUGAGUCCAACCUAUAUACUCAAUCAGAGAAAGGUCAUCUUUCUCUUGAUUACAGGUGCAUGAAGUGGGUUACUGUCUACAAAGAGAAGAAAAAGAAGAAGCAUCCAACUUCCUUGUUGGUUUUAGGGACUGGGAGUGGUGAUGUUUUUGCCUUUGAUGUCUCUGCUGGUCAGUUGAAGUGGAGGGUCAAUGAUUGCCAUCCUGGGGGGGUCAAUGCUAUCUCUUUUUCAAGUCAUAACUCAUGCUUAUACACCGCCGGUGCUGAUGGCAUGGUCUGCCAGCUUGAUUCUAGUACAGGAGGUCUUCUGGAGAGAUUUAGAUCUUCUAAAAGGGCUGUAUCUUCUAUAGCUGUUUCGUCGGAUGGGAAUGUGUUGGCCACAGCAGCUUCUCAGAUAAAGGUUUUCAGCUGUUUGGAUUAUAGAAAGACGCAGAAAUUCUCUGGCCAUCCUGUCUCUGUUCGAUGCAUGAUCUUCAGCGAAGAUAGCAAAUACAUUGUGUCUUCUGGUGUUGGUGAACGUUACGUGGCACUCUGGAAAAGUGAGGGACAAAAAGAGAAAUCUGCAUGUUGUGUUCUUUCAAUGGACCAUCCUUCUAUCUGCUUGGACAUGAAGGGUAAUGAUCUUGACGGUUUAUCAGUUUUGGCAAUAUCUGAGGUUGGAGUUUGCUGGCUAUGGUGUGGAAGGAAUGUUAAAGAACUGCAGAGUACAAUACCUACAAAGGUUUCAGUAUCAUCAUCUGUCCCUGAAGCUUCGGUUUUGAAGGGCCAGAGUGGCAGUGCACCUGCUGUAAUUGCUGCAAAAUUAAAUAACAGUGCAGAUAUAGAAACAAUGUCAGUUUUUGCUGCCUAUGGUUCGUUUGUCAGGCCCUCAUUUGAGAAAAUUUUGAUGAAACGUGGUACAGAUGUAAACUUGCAUGCCACCAUUGAUGGAGUCUUUCUGCCUCUUGGUAUCUCCAAGUCUGUUAAGAAAAAGAUGAAACACACUGAGGUUACUGCUUUGGACCGUGCAAAUGCUGAAGAUGCCAUUCUUCCAAUUCCAAGGCUUCAUGGUUUUACUGAGAAAAAAAGAGGGCGUGACAAAGAGAAUUUGUCGCUUGAUCUCAAGCAAGCAGCUGUUAUUCCUGAUCGUGAUGUCAGAGAUGAAUUUGAAUCUAUGGAUCUCAAAGAUAGGCAUGGGCAUCUGAAAGAGGAGGGUAUACCGACAAAUUACAUGGAGGAAAAACUCGUAUCUCUAGGCAUUCUUAAUAAAAGCAAUGAGCAUAACUAUGACAGGAAAACGUAUAAAAGAAUUUCCAAGGGCCUUCCUUUCUAUUCAUCCGAACUAAAUGAAGUUCAAGGCUAUGACAACUUAUUUAUUCAUGGUGCCGUGCCAUUAAAGAAGAUAAGGGCAGCAAUCACAUCAAUGAGCUCUGCUGAUGCAUACAAAUUUCUUAAAUUCUUGACCACUAUGUUGAGAUCGAGGUCAUGCAGUGCGAGGCAUGUUUUCCCAUGGAUACAUUGUAUCUUGGCUGUUCAUGGUAGACAUAUUAUAGACGAGGAGCCAUCACAUGAAACACUUGACAACAUUCUCGAGGUGACACAGUACGAAAGUUCGUCAGUCCAGUCUUUGUUACAACUAUCUGGUCGACUGCAGCUAUUGAUGGCUCAGAUAUCUGGCAGUGAGGCCAGCAAGGAUGAAGUUGCAGCGGUGCCAAAUCAUCAGUCAGUAGACAAAAAUGAAGGGGAGGAUGAGGAUGAGGAUGAGGAUGAGAAUGGAGAUGAUGACGAAGGUGAAGAUGUUGAUAUAGUUCAAUUCAUGUCUUCUGAAGAUGACAAAUCUCCAAGCGAUACUGAUGUUGAUAUGUAGGACUAUGCCCCUUGAUCCCGUAAAGUUCCUGCACUUAUGGUUGUGCUAAACCCUGGUUAUCCUCAGAGUCGGCAAAGUGACAUGUUCUCGUAGGUUGAGCUCAUACCAUCCCUUGUGCUUAAUGGAAAAGAAGACUCUUCUAGGCGAAACUAUAUCGAAGGUCACAGAUUCUGCCGGAGAUCAUUGUCAUACGCUUUUAUUCUUUUCUUACCCAUCAGAAUGUAACUUAUGCUGCUUCCCACACCGGGUAUCUCCUUGUGCUACUGCUGGGCCAUAUAUUAAGUUGAUAGUAUCUUUUCUAGCUUUAGAUGUUUCUAGUCCGGAAAAUAUUUGAUGAGAAAAGCAAUUGACUCUGCAUACGGCAUAGAGUUUUGGUACAUGCUGGUGAUAGAACGAAGGCCAGAAAAGAAGGGGGAAAUUUACCUUUA